AUCGGGAGUUGGGAUCUGAGUUAUGAGAUAAAUAUAGAAUGGGGAGAUAUGGAUAUGGAAAAUGGGGAGUUAUGGAUAUGGAACGGGGAUCAUCGAAUCCUGUGAAGCUUCUCACUCAUCUUAAAACCAUGUUAAUAACCCAAUACUAUAAUCGCAAAUUGUCAAUCUACACAAUGUGAGAUCCCAUGAGAUCUGGAUAUGGAGAUCGUCGAAUCUUCAGCGUCUUUUCACUCCAUAUUAAAACCCUAGCAAAAAGUCAACAACUCAAUAAAUAUGGAUAUAAGGAUAUGGGGUGCAGCGCCUUCUCAUGCACUCCGCGAUAGCAACCCUUGGGGGAUUUGUUACAACACCAUUAACCCAAAACCUCACGCUUAUCUACCUUCGUGAAAGCAUCUCUGAAUGGCAUCUGCUAAUGCAAUUUCUACAGCUUCUUUCAUCUGUUCCCCUAAACAGCAGAGAAAUGGUAACGGACGCGUUACUCAAUUCCAAACUGCUCAGAAGAUGAGGCAAUCACAUCAUCGCCGUGGGUUGGUGGUUCGCGCAGCCGGGGGUAAAGACAUUAUCCUUGAUGAUGGUGCCAGGAGGGCUAUAGGGGCGGGUCUCAAUACACUUGCAAAUGCUGUUGGUAAUACUCUUGGCCCUAAAGGACGGGAUAUUGUAAUUGGCGAAGGUGUUAAGGAUGGCUUUUCCAUUGGCGGAUCUAUUGAGCUACCUGAUGCCUUUGAAAACGCAGGCGCUGAUUUUAUCAGAGAGGUUGCAAGCAAAACGAAGGAGUCAGCUGGAGAUGGGACAGCAACGGCAUCAGUUAUUACACGUGAAAUAAUCCAACUCGGUCUCGCAAGUGUAACAUCUGGUGCUAAUGCCGAUUCAGUAAAAAAAGGCAUCGACAAAACUGUAGCUGCUCUCGUUCAGGAGCUGCAAAAGAAAGCCACACCUGUUAAAGGUCAUGAUGAUAUCAAAGCCAUUGCCUCGAUUUCUGCUGGAAAUGAUGUGAUUGGAAGCACCAUUGCUGAUGCGAUGGACAAGGUUGGACUAGAUGGUGACUUGUCCAUCCAACCAUCAUCCUCCUUUGAGACAACUAUUGAUGUUGAAGAAGGAAUGCUGAUUGAAAGUGGAUUCCUCUCCCCAUACUUUGUGACAAACUCUGAGGAAUUAACAGUCGAAUUCCAGAACGCCAGGGUGUUGGUCAUAGACCAACAUCUAGACUCAAUAAAAGACAAUGACAUAAUCCCAUUGAUAACAAAAGCAACAGGGUUAAACGCUCCUUUGUUGAUUAUUGCACAAGACGUCACUGGUGAAGCUUUGUCAACUCUUGUUGUAAACAAAAUACGAGGGAUCCUGAAUGUGGCUGCCAUUAAAGCACCUGGUGUUGGUGAAACAAGAAAAGCACUCCUUCAAGACAUCGCCAUCAUGACAGGAGCUACCUACCUAUCGAGCGAUUCAGGUUUCGUUCUAAAAAACAUAUCAGUUGAGCAACUUGGAAAGGCUCAAAAGGUCACGAUCACCAAAGACUCAACCACCAUCGAAGCUGAUCCUGCGUUUAAAUCUGAGAUCGAGGCAAGAGUUUCUCAAAUCAAGAAAGAAUUAUCUGAAACAGAUUCGGUCCAGGAUUCUGAAGAACUUGCAAAACGAAUCGCGAAUUUAUCCCGCAAGGUCGCUAUCAUAAAAUUGAGUGUUGAAAGCGAAACAGAAUUAGCUAGUUAUGAGGAUGCGAAAAACGCAACGAUUGCGGCAAUAAAAGAAGGAAUAGUCCCUGGAGGCGGUGCUGCAUUUGUGCAUCUAUCAACAUUAGUUCCUGGAAUCAAGGAAAAGCUUGAUAAUGCAGAUGAACGUGAAGGUGCUGAUAUUAUUCGAAAGGCGAUUGUGGCACCAGCAUCUUUGAUUGCACAGAACGCCGGAGUAGAUGGUGAGGUGGCUGUUGAGAAGGUGAAGGAAGGUGAAUGGGAGAUUGGGUAUAAUGCGGUGACUGAUAAGUAUGAGAAUUUGGUGGAGGCGGGAGUUAUUGAUCCGGCGAAGGUGGUACGAUCUGCACUUGAGAAUUCGGCUUUGGUUGCAGGGAGGGUGCUGAUUGAACAGGGGAAUCUGGUUGAGAACAUCAAGGCUAUGGGGGAUGUGGCUGUUGUCUAAUUAAUAAUUUAUUAGAAAGUUAUUGUCGAGUAUGCUUUUGUAUCAAAUGUGGUGGGUUUUUUUUUUUAAUCAAUAAUAACAAAAUGGACCCGUUGGGUCGGAUUUUCUAUAAAUAGGAUCGGGCUUUUUAUAAACGCUUUCAUUCCACGUCGUGCUCAAACUGGACAUUAUCUUCGAUCCUUCAAAUUCUUCUCUUUUACACUUGGUCUUUAAUCUUUCGGCC